UUGUCUAGUGCUAAUGUAAAUAACAAUGGUGUUGAGACAUUAGAAGCAGAGAAUAUAGCAUCUAAUAAACCAGCCAUAGGCGACAUUCGUGAUGACCUUUCUAAACAACAAAAAGAACAUAAACAACAAGAUGAAGACAAUUCAUACCUUGCUCUUUAUCACAAUGAUGGCACAGAAAGUGAAAAGAGUAUGUCAUUUGUGUUUGUUUAUGACAAAUCCACAUCAGGAUCCAUGUCUGUUGGUAAGCGUGAUAUAGAAGAAGAUCUGGCCGAGUUAGAGAGGAGAAGACGAAGAAAUAAGUUGUAUGGUUUUCAAUAUAAUAAUUACGAAGACGAGGACGACGAUUUCGAAGAAAAAGCGAAAGAAGCAGGAGAUAAAGAAAUGGAGUUUAUUAGAAUUAUUGAAGAAGACGGUGAUAUGGAAACUAGAAAGUGAAAAAUAUAAUGAAUAAAGAAAUGGCUGGAGCAUCAAUGUUAGUUGAUGAAGGUGAAGAAGGUUUAACAGAAGGGGAAUUCAAAUUAGCUCAGGAAUUAUUACAGGAGCGAGUGAAGGAGGCAUCAUCAAAGAUAUUCCAUACAGGUGAAGAAGAUGAAGAGAUGAUAGAAGAAAUAAAACCAAAGAAAAAAACAGGUAAAAAAAAGAAAAGUGGAAAGGGUAAGAAAUCUAAGAAAGCAGUGGAAGCAGAACCUCUUGACAGAAAGAAGAGUUAUGCUAUAGAACGUGAAUCAAUUAGAGAACAACGUAGAUUAGAAAAAGAGGGACGUAUAAAAGAGAUGAAAGAGUUACAGGAAAAAAUAAUGUCGAGACAAAUAGAAAGAAAAACUAGGGAAGAUGAAGCAGAACAUAGAGCUCAGGCCCUGGCAGAUGAGCAGUUAGCUUUACAAAAGGAAGCAGCCGCCAUUAAACGCGAUGAAGAAGAAGCCAGACAACAAUUGGCUGCAAUAAGACAAACUCAGAGAGCAGAGCGUGAUACCAGGAGAAAAGCUGAACAAGAAAGAAGAAGACGGUUAGUGAUAGCUAGACGACAAAAAGAAAAGGAGAUGAGAGAAAAAGCAAGACAAAAAGAAUUAGAAAUGUUGGAGAGAAUUGGUGAUGCUGAAACCAGGUGGGAGUUGAUAGGGGAAGAAGAAAAGAAAAUGGAAGAAGAAGAAAGAGUAGCUCUAGAGAGUUUAGAGGAAGAACUAAAUGAGCAACAGCUUUUAUUAGAAGAAGAAGAAAUAAGAGCAAGAGAAUUUGAAACAGAGGCCGAAGAAGAAGCAAUGCAGAGAUUGAUAUUAGAAAGAGAAGCAGCUGAGAGAAGACAGAGAGAAUUACGAGAAGAGGAAGAAAGAAUACGUAGAGAGGAAGAAUUACAAAGACAAAACAUAUUACUUGAAGAAGAGAGAUUGAUGGAAGAACAAAGAAUAAAACAGUUAGAAGAACAAGGAAAAACAGAACAGGAAAAACAACGCUUAGAAAAAUUAAAGAAAUUAGAAGAGGAAGCUCGAGAUGAAAUGAGAAUAGAGUUAUAUCAUAAAAGAGACUGGGCUGUUAAAAGGCGUGAAAUAAAUCUAGAGAGAAGAGCCCAUCAUGAUGUAUUAGGAUAUGGACAAGGUUUAACUAGACCCUGGGUUUUUUCAUAUUUUGCAUUAUGUCCAUCAGCUCCUUACAACAAAACAAUAGAAAAGGAUCCAUUGUCAGGUAACGGAUUUCAAGUGAAUUUAAAGAUGAAAUCUAAAGAAGCAGCACACAAUACGCUAAUAUCAAAUAUUGAAUCUGAAUUGCCGGUCAUCAUAGAAGGUGGAUCUCAACUACACAUAUAGUUUGAUCACUUCAAUUAGAAGUGGAUGAUGUGAUUGCGUUCAUACUUUAUUUCUGAAAAAUAAAGCUACUAAAUAUGUAAUUAAGAUUUUCUAAAUAUUUAUAAAUGACUGUUGACAGAUGGAAGCAGAAGUUUUAAAAAUGAUUUUCUGUUUCAAAAAAUGGCAAAUUCUGUUUUUAUACACACACGUGAAAGUAUCGUGAUGUCUUCACUGUCUAUCCAUGUGUCCAGACGUCCAGUCACAUUUGUUUAUGGACCCUCCAUAUAUCACAACUUUUAUACGCCCACAUUCUCAUGUGGACAUAUAUUGUCGUUGCCCUUGUCCGUCCAUUCGUUCGUCCGUCCACAAUUUGUUUGUGGACACUCAACAGCCAACAAUUCUUAUCCGAUUUUUACGAAACUUGAAAUAUAGGUUUAUCUCCAAAAGAUCUCGGUCCCUUUCGAUAUUGGCAUGUAUCGGAUCGAAACUUCGUGGAUUAUGGCCCCUGAUUGUACGAAGAAUCGCGUUUUUAGCUUUUGGACACGUCAGAGGUCACAAUUUUUAUCUAAUUUUGAUGAACCUUGAAAUGCAUGUUUAUAACCCAAAGAUUUUGGUUCCUGUCGACAUUUGUGCAUAUCGGAUCGUAACUUCCUGAAUUAUUGCCCCUGAUUGUAGGUCAAAUUUUUUUAUCUGAUUUAAAAAACGGUUCGAGUAUAUCAACGUUACACCGUAAUGUCGGUUGAGUUCGAACUUCGUGAAAAUCGGACCAAAACUGUCGGACAAAAUGUAAAUAUAUGAUGGUAUAUCAAGGUUGUGGACCCUCUGUAAGCCACAAUUUUGAUCCGAUUUGGAUGAAACUUUAAAAUUAUGUUUAUAUCACACAUAUCUGGUUUCCCUUCGAUAAUCGCACAUAUCCGAACGUGACUUCUUGGAUUAUGGACCCUAGCUUUUGGAUCUGUUAGAAGUCACAAUUUAAAUGUAUCACGGUUACAAACUAAUUUCGGUUGAGUUCGAAUUUUCUGCCUGUCAAAAUGUCCGCUCUUUGUAAGCAAAAAAUAGUGUGAAAGUAUGUAAUACCAAGGUUGUGGACACAAUAUUUGAUUUUAACGAAACAUAAAAUAUUUUUUUAUAUUCAAAAUAUCUGCUAGAAGCCACAAUUUGUAUUCAAUUUUUAAAAAUGUUUAAAUAUAUCCCCAUUACACAUCAACGAAGGUUGAGAUCGAAUUUCGUAAAAGUCUGGCUGCUCCUUGUGCAAAUAGUGUAAAAGUAUGUAAUACCAAGGUUGUGGACACUCUAAAGGUCACAAAAUUUAUCCGAUUUUGAUGAACCUUGAGACGUAUGAUUAGACCAAAGAUCUUGGUUCCUUAAGAUAUGUGCGCAUAUCGAACUGUAACUUCCUGGAUUGCAGCCCAUGAUUGUACUAAAAGGCACGUUUUUAGCUUGUGGACCCUCUAGAGGUCACAAUUUUUGUUCGAUUUAAAAAAAAAACGUUUAAAUGUAUCACGGUUACAAACUAAUUUCGGUUGAGUUCGAAUUUCCUGCCUGUCAAAAUGUCCGCUCUUUGUAAGCAAAAAAUAGUGUGAAAGUAUGUAAUACCAAGGUUGUGGACACAAUAUUUGAUUUUAACGAAACAUAAAAUAUUUUUUUAUAUUCAAAAUAUCUGCUAGAAGUCACAAUUUGUAUUCAAUUUUUAAAAAUGUUUAAAUAUAUCCCCAUUACACACCAACGAAGGUUGAGAUCGAAUUUCGUAAAAGUCUGGCUGCUCCUUGUGCAAAUAGUGUAAAAGUAUGUAAUACCAAGGUUGUGGACACUCUAAAGGUCACAAAAUUUAUCCGAUUUUGAUGAACCUUGAGACGUAUGAUUAGACCAAAGAUCUUGGUUCCUUAAGAUAUGUGCGCAUAUCGAACUGUAACUUCCUGGAUUGCAGCCCCUGAUUGUACUAAAAGGCACGUUUUUAGCUUGUGGACCCUCUAGAGGUCACAAUUUUUGUUCGAUUUAAAAAAAGAACGUUUAAAUGUAUCACGGUUACAAACUAAUUUCGGUUGAGUUCGAAUUUCCUGCCUGUCAAAAUGUCCGCUCUUUGUAAGCAAAAAAUAGUGUGAAAGUAUGUAAUACCAAGGUUGUGGACACAAUAUUUGAUUUUAACGAAACAUAAAAUAUUUUUUUAUAUUCAAAAUAUCUUACUCCAUUUCGAUAUUCGGGCAUUUCAGACCAUAACUUUCUAGAUUAAGACCCUCCCCCCCCCCCUCGAUUGUACGAAAAAUCGCUUUCUUGUAGAUUGUUCUCUCUACAUAUCUUGCAAAAUGUGGGAGUAUCUUACCUGGCAACCGCUGGUUAUCCGAUUUUGUGGAAACAUAAUUAUGUUGAUAUCCGAUAGAUCUUGGCUUUAAUUUUGGCAAAUAGCGGACCAUAACUUUUUGGAUUAUUACCCCUGAUUUAUACGGAAAAUCGCGUUAUUAGCUUGUGAAUCCUCUACAGGUCAAAAUUUUAUCAGGCGGUAGCAUCCUGAAAUAUUACCCCUUGUGGCCACUCUACAGUUCACUUCCUGCUAAAAUGGCCCCUUCAACUUCUUGGGUUAUGGCUCCAGUGUUUUACACAAAAUAUGAAAUAUGUACAGUUUGUGGACCUUCCACGGGCCACAAUUGUUGUCCGAUUCAGAUAAACUUGAUAUGUAAUAUACUAUAGAGUUUUUUUUAGUUCUAUGAAAGGUGUCCUGUUUAAUGUAGAAAUGAGUUACCUACAUGAUGUGCGACGACAACUAGGCCAGUGAAGUACCUUGCAUUAUUCUACUACUUUCUUAGACUAACUCACCGACAGUUAUGCCAGUAUCCAUUUCUGGAUGGGGGUUACUAUCUUCCAGGAAACUGGUGCACAGAUUAGUCCAAUUAAAUAGAAUAAUGUUGACGCUAAACGGUUCCCGUAUGAAACACUUUCCAGAAAAAUGGUAAUUGUCCCGCCCUAGGGGAACGUCAUAUCCUCAGCUGAGAGGCUGGGAUAGAGACAAAAUGUGAUUUUUAAGCCGUUCAGUUUGAGUUAUUAAGGAUAUUAAACUCAGACCACGGAUAUUUUGAUAACUCCUAAAGUAUCUAUAAUAGAUGUUGUAGUUUCCCUGUAUUUAACCUUUGUAGUUUGCUGUAUUCGAUAUAUAAACAUAGUAACAACAUAAA